GUGGUGACGCAUGGAAUGUGGGCGGGGUUUGAAAUCCAGUAGUCGUCGCCCUGUGACCUGGCGAACUCAGCUGUGACUUGCGUUGAUGGUGAAGAUGGCAGGAAACAACUCCUACACCAUAGUAGAAUAUUUCGGUGGAGAUGAUGGAUACCGCUGCGGAUACUGUAAAAAUGAUAAAGGAAACUUCUCCCACGGGAUGUGGUCUCACACUAUGACAGUUCAAGACUACCAAGACCUGAUAGAUCGAGGAUGGAGGAGGAGUGGGAAGUACGUUUACAAACCUACACUGAAGAAGACCUGCUGCCCACAGUACGCAAUCAGAUGUCAUGCACUGAAAUUCCAGCCUUCCAAAUCCCACAAGAAAGUUCUCAAAAAGAUGACCAAGUUCAUUUCUAAAGGGGAGCUGCCAGAAGGACAGGAGCAUGGGGAUCCGAUGGACUCUGUGUGUGAAGGACCGCGGGAGCCCAUGAAGGUCUGUCCAUCAGAGCUGAAGUGUGCUGCAGGAACGGAUGUCGGGAGGGACAAAGCUGAGUCUCUCCCAGCCACAGAGGCUCAGAAGGAAUCCACAGUUCCUCCUCCUGCAAGCUCCCAAGCAUCUCAGAAGGAUCCAGUUUGUGUCCUGAGUGACAGCAAAGCUCCUAAACCAGGUGAUGGUGCUGACCCAAGCCGACCUCCGUGUCGGAAGGCUAAAGACCUGAGAAAGGAGCGUCGCCUUCACAAAGAGCAAACAAGACAACAUGAAGUUUCCCUCAUAAAGCCGACCCCCACCUACACCAACCAACCCAAACCACUCGAGGACUUCUUCAGUGAGUCGUUGGCGGAUGAUGCCUCUCAUCGCCUCGAGGUGAGGCUAGUGCCGGUGAACUUUGAGGAUCCUCAGUUCGCAGCAUCCUAUCAGCAGUCAGCGGCGCUGUACGCCCGCUACCAGAUGGCCGUUCAUGGUGAUGACCCCAGCGAAUGUAGUGAGAGUGAGUUCCGAAGAUUUCUCUGCGAUUCUCCACUAGAGGCAGAGUUUUCUCCAGAUGGGCCUGAGGUGGGAUAUGGCUCCUUCCACCAGCAAUACUGGCUUGAUGGGAACAUUGUGGCGGUGGGAGUGAUUGACAUCUUGCCCACCUGUGUGUCAUCUGUCUACCUGUACUACCACCCAGACUUUGCUGCUCUGUCUCUGGGCUCCUACUCUGCUCUCAGGGAGAUCGCAUUCACCAGGCAGCUGCAGAAACAGUCCCCUAAGCUGUCCUUCUACUACCUGGGCUUUUACAUUCACUCAUGUCCAAAGAUGCGGUAUAAGGGGCAGUACCGACCGUCGGACCUCCUCUGCCCUGAGACCUAUACCUGGGUACCAAUAGAAAGAUGCACAGGGCUGCUCGACAACUCCCGCUACGCCCGUUUCAACCAGGAUCCGGAUGCAGGAGAUAACCGGGCGCUGAAGGAUGUGGGCAGAGCUCUGGUGCUGCACCGGCGGACCGUCAUGCCCUACGUGACGUACAGCGGCAAACGCAAAGGCGCCAGCGACGAGAAGGAGGUGCAGCAAUACGCCAGCCUGGUUGGACAGCACUGUGCUGAGAGGAUCCUGCUUUACCGCUCCUGAGCGUGGAGGACUUCUGCAGACCUGCAACCUUGAAAUGUGGAAAACUGACCUCCUGCUGUGUCCAUGUCUUUGCUUUUGGAAGUGCUUUCUGCUGCCUCUCCUCAUAGUCUCACCAUGCAGCAGCUACACAGUCACAUGCUUUAUUCAUAAACUAGUCAGAUAAUCUCUCGCUUUUUAUUCUUCCAUCUCUUUUUGUUCUCCAUCCUUCAUUCCUGUUUCCAUUCUAGUGUAAAAGAAAAUCUUUCAUUUCAGUAUCAUCUUCUGAAAAUCCAAAAGAUUCAAAGAAAAAAAAUAAUUUUAAUCUAUUUCCUCACCACUUUGUUGAAUGAAGGCAGCAUUGUAUUUUAUGUUUGAGCUUUUUGUUUGUUUCAAAGUUUUUAAUAAAGGAGCUGCAUACACUC